UCAUAUAAGUCGUCUUUUCCCCCUCCCCUUCUGCCCAACCUCUCGACUCUGCUUCAUCCUGCAUCCAGCCUUCACAGCCAAGAUUAAUCAAGCAUCUUGUAGCUUAAUAUCUACUCACGUCCGAGUCCCCCAGUCUCACUGACAUCUCAUCCUUCCCUGUCACUCAAAAUCCCCCUAGUCAUCAACCAACCGAUACCAUGCAUUUCUCAACUGUUCUUGGCGCCACUGCACUGGCUACCCUCGCCAACGCAAGCCCUCUCGUUCGCCGUCAAGGUCCCGCCGUCGGUCAAGUCAUCUCUAAGUGCACACAGAACGGCGUCGUCGCCCUCACCUUUGAUGACGGCCCCUUCACGUACACCUCCCAGCUGCUCGACACCCUCGCCGCAAACAACGUCAAGGCCACCUUCUUCGUCAACGGCAACAACUGGGGCAACAUCGAGACGGCACCCGGUCCGGACAACAUCCGUCGCAUGAAGGCCGAGGGCCAUCUCAUCGGCUCCCACACCUACUCCCACCCGGACCUGAGCACCCUCUCCUCGGCGGACCGCAUCUCUCAGAUGACCCAGCUCGAGGACGCUACUCGCCGUAUCGCCGGCUUCGCGCCCAAGUACAUGCGCGCGCCGUUCCUGUCCUGCGACGCUGCUUGCCUGAGCGAUAUGGCUAGCCUGGGCUACCACGUCAUCGACACCAGCCUCGAUACAAAGGAUUACGAGAACGAUACCCCCGAGACCACGCACAUUUCGGCUGAGAAGUUCAACAACGAGCUCAGCGCCGACGCCGCGGGCAACAGCUACAUUGUCCUCUCCCACGACGUUCACCAGCAGACUGUCGUUUCUCUGGUGCAGAAGAUGAUCGACAACCUCAAGUCCAAGGGCUACCGCGCCGUCACUGUCGGAGAGUGCCUCGGCGACGCUCCCGAGAACUGGUACAAGGCCUAGAGUCUCGGUGACUCGUGUGGUGAAAGUUCGUGGAAAGAGUGAGGAUUGGGUAAAAAUGGCAUGGAGCAUCGCGUUGAGAAUUUCUGGACAAGGUUGCGUUGGAUUACACUGCUUGUUUCCGCCGGCUAUACAUACAUACACACAUGGGUGGAUAUACCAGGGACACCCCAUCGGCGCAAGUCAUUUCGUGGAGAUACCAAUGUUUAAUCAAAUUACUAGUACCUCAUAUGAGUCUUUCAGCAUGUUUGCGUC